CGUAAGCCCAAUCCACGAUAUUACUAUUUUUUAUUCGGAUGGAGGACGGCUGCCGUUAUGUUAGGAAAAUCGAAAAAGGAAAUAUUCCAAUUUGACAAAAGAUUUAUAAACCUAUUUGUAUCUGAAAAAGAGCCCCUGUGAAUUAGACAUAGCUAUGGUUAAGUAUUUGUCUCUGAUCUCAGGUAUUCAGUGGAAGAAGAGGUCGCCAAAGGCGAGGAGACGAGCAAGAGGAGGGAGAAGGAGAAGAAGACAAAGAAGAGAUGGUUACGUGGUGCCAGAGAUUCCUUUUGAUCUCAUGAUCCAGAUCCUUAGUAGACUGCCUGCUACAUCGCUUAUAAGGUUUAAGUGUGUCUCAAAGCUCUGGUCUUCUCUAAUCCGUUCUAGAUAUUUUAGCAACCUUUAUCUCACGGUAGCUUCUCCAUCGCGACCAAAACUUCGUCUAUACAUGAGUUUGGUUGAACACUACCAGUGUGAUUCAAUGGAGCUCUGCCGCAACCCUGGAAAAUCUGAACUACUAUCCUUAACAUUGACAUCGUCUAGUAUUAGUGCUGAGUCAUCGUUUGAACCAAAUAUUACUUUCCCAGGGAUGAGAGGACACGAGAUGGUGGUUCUUCGCGGUUUGAUUCUACACACUGUUUGCAGAAAAGCAUGUAUCUAUAAUCCCGCCACUAGACAAAGCUUAACCUUACCCGCCGUCAAAUCCAACAUCUUUGCUCAACAAGAACGUUAUAAGCAUGUUAACUACUUUUUUGGACACGAUCCCGUUCAUGAUCAAUACAAAAUAGUCUGUAGUGUUGUUGUAUUCUCGGAAGUUCGUAGAAAGAUAACCUCCGAGUCUUGGGUCUUCGUACUGGAACCCAGAGGUUUUUGGAAAAGAAUUGUGUAUGAUGUUCAGCCUCACCUUCCUACAAGACAAGGACUCUGCAUCAAUGGAGUUAUAUAUUAUCUGGCUUUCAAUCAUACAUGUCGCGAUAAUGUUUACUGUUUUGACGUUAGGUCUGAAGAGUUCCGGGUGAUCCAAGGACCCCAUGAGGUGUCUAAAUAUGCUGGUUUCUUGGGUUUCAUAGAGCAUGGUGGAAAACCAGCAAUCUUUGAUUUUACACAUAUUAAAGAAACUGGUCUGUCAGAGUUGUGGGCCUUGGAGGUGGAUAGUGGAACAUGGUCGAGGAAGUCUCUGGUUCUGAAACCUUGUCAGAGGCAUUUAGUGGAUGACAUUAUUAACAUUAUGGAUUUGAGAGUGCGUGGUACGGGUCAGGGCAAUGAGGUUAUCUUGGCGUUGCCUGGUCCUUGUUACCUUCUCUAUUACGAUUUGAUAAAGAAUGAUUUGAGAAAGGUUAAUAUCAUCAAAGAAAUGCCAACGGACCAUACUCCGUACAUGUAUGUCAAGGUUAUGGAUAUGCCUGAAAGUAUCAUGCACUUAAAAAUAUAAGACUAUCAUCAUCUAAAUUUGUUGUUAUAUAAUAAAAGUGAACUAUUUACUUAAUAAUUUUGUUUUUAUUUAACUUUAGAAUUGCAAACAAACAAUCUAUUAUUUA